CAGGCACGCAUGCGCCUCACCCUUUGACGCCCCGCCCCUCUCUUGGACAGCGCGCGGGCGGGCAGUUUGAAAGCCAUGGCGGAAUCGGAUCCCUUGGAGGCGACCUUCCAAAGGUCCUUACACAUUCAGAAGCUAAAGGCCCGAGAUGUCACGGAGGAGGACGUCCUGCGGUGUAUGCAGAAGCAGUCGAAGAUCAUUAAUGGCCCCGGAACUGGUAGUGAGCUGGAUGCGCGGCGGCGGGAGAUGCCGUGCGUGUUCCUGUGCUCCCGCUGCCAGCGGCCCCUGGGGGACUCGAUGAGCUGGGAGGGCACCGACUUUGACGGCAACUGCUUCUUCCUGAACGCAGUCUCACCUAAUGUUUAUGUGGAUAAGGAACAGAAGCUAUCUACUAGAAAAAAUGAAUAUGGCUGCAUGAUUGAGACUUUGAGUUGUAAUGGAUGUUCACUGAAUAUUGGCCAAAUAUACAGAUGUACACCCAGACAUCUUGAUUAUAAACGAGACUUGUUUUGCUUCGAUGUUUCAUCAGUUGAUGGUUACAUUCUAGGUUCUGCUGAAAAUGAAGCUGUGCCUGAAAUGGAAGAGCCAGUAACUCUUGAUAAGCAAGAUGUAAUGGAAAGCGUUUUAAAGAAGCUGCAAGUUAUCAUGCAUGGAUUGGAGCUAAGAGUGUCCCUGGUUGAAUCGGUUGUUUCAGGUCUUUGUUCCACAACAUGAAAGAAAUUUCACUUUUUUUUUUUUACUACUACUUUCCCCUUUGUAUAUAUUGUAAUUUGUUGGUGUACCAUUUUAGCAGGAGUUAUAAAGUGCUCCAGGUAAUUUUAUCCCUAAGUUAUAUUUAAGUGAAAAAAUCUUAAUCAGUUUUAUAACUAUUGAUGUUAUUUUGUAACUGUUAAUUAUGGGAUAAAAGUUUCUCUUUUCUGAAUUACAGUGCUAAAGUUAUGUUUAUAAAAUGUCACUUCCAGAAACCUCUAAAGUGGAAUUUAAGAGUUUUUUAUGGACUCCUUGACCUUCUUUCUGCCUUGUAUCAUUUUUAUAUUCCUUAACCUCAUCUUCCUUACACUUUUUGUUGUCCGUUCAUCUUAACAGCUGAUUGUUAGCUUGAUUGGGGUGGGAGAGGGGAAGCAUGUUAUAGAAAAAUCAAGUCUGGCUAUUACCAUGAACAAAUAAAUUCCUUAAUGACAA